GGCUGUUGCUCUGUUCGCCGAGCUUGGCAAUUGGCUUGCAAACGUUUCGUCACCAUACGAGGAGACAUCAUCAGUGCGCCGUUGAGUGGGUACUUCUUCCUUGCCUGCCUUCCACGCCACCCAACGGAGGCACGAGGGCCAGGAAACCGCCAGGUUGCUCGAGCCCAGACAAGAAAAUUCGAGAGUCAGUGGUCGGGUUCGAACCCGGGCCUUUCCAUCAAUCAGUUGGAUGUUGAUCUGUUCGCCGAGCUUGGCAGUUUCCUUGCAAACGUUUCGUUACCAACAUCACCAACGCGCUUCUGGACACUGAUUACAUCUCCAAGAUUAGUGACGAGGCUCCUGCAAGUAAACUGCCAAGCUCGGCAAACAGGUCACCAGCCACCCGACCUACAACCAAUUAGCGUAACCGACCUACCAACAUUUGAAUAUAUUGUCAGCAUGGUGGUCGUUGGCUUGUUCGCUGAGCUGGGCAAUUUGAUUGCAAACGUUUCAUCACCAAUUGAGGUGACAUCAUCAGGCACAACCACCAACCCACCGCUACGCACUACCACGCUCCACAAAAACGCACUGAUGAUGUCACCUCGAUUGGUGAUGAAACGUUUGCAAUCAAAUUGCCCAGCUCAGCGAACAAGC